UUAUAUGGAUAGUAGAGAAUUAAUGGUAAAGUUAUUUGGAUACAUAGAUAUAAGUAAUGAUUUAGCUGAUUUUUUGUACAGAGCAUACGUUCGGCAUACUUAAGACUAAUGUCCCUUAGUGCCACACUUGAAACAAGCACUCUCACGUUUCUGGGAGGUACUUGCUUGGAUUUUUUUUCUUUCUCUCGGAUCUUUUUUUAGAACGAAUCAAUUAGUAUGACUUCAUGCUUUGUGGGUUAUAAUUUCUACCGCGUCCGCGAUAGUUUCGGCAAUCACGUCUCCGGAUCCCUUUUAGACGCUACGAAAUUUUCUCACAAGCUUCCACGUCGUCAACAACCCUUCAAAGGAAAGACUAUGUUUCCAUCACUUUUAGACUCGUCUUUCACAACCUUGCAUAUAAAUAACAAGAUUGUCAUCUUAUUCCUAUCUAAACAGCUCAUACUCAUCAUCUCAUUCAGCUUCUCUUCCACGUUUUUAAUUUUAAUUCUCUCAGCCCUCUCAAACAUUCUUUUAACACACUUCACACUACCCAAACUCUCAUACUUUUUGGGUGUAUUCAUGGUAGUCCAAUCCGGUCAACAACGUAUGUUCUUUCAAACAACACCUUAUAAGCACUACAUUCACCACAAACCACCACUCUCUCACAAUCUCCGUGCUAGUGGUGCAAAACAAAAACAUCCAUAUGCCUUGAAUCAUGUGAUUUGGUUCUUUAGGCAUGUGGAAUAUAUGCUUAAACUGAUCAUGCUUACUAAACCAACUCAACUCUGAAUCCAAUUUCUCUAUCAUUGCCAUAGUUUGGCCCACACUACACCUAGUUCCUACCUUACAAACUUUGGUGUACUUAGUUGGACCAAAGAACAUCAUCCUUGGCGGCAGUGGUUGGGAAUCAUCAUCAUCUGUAUUCUGCAUAUUCAAACACAUACACGCAUUUAGUUGUUCCAGUCAUCCAGAAACUAUCAAUACCACAUUAUAUUACAAAGUUGUACUAAUUGUUUCUGAACCACCAUUCCAAAAUUUAUUAUAUAUUUCUAAAACAAUUCAAAACUAUACCUCAGUAUCAGCAUCGACAUCACUGAUUCUCUCUUUUUCUUCAUCAUCAUCAUUUAAUUUGUAUCCUACAUAUUCAAACACUUAGAGAAAAUGAGGGAAUUAGGGUAAAUUAAUUGGGAUUUUUCUGGGUUUUGAGUCGGAUUAUCAUUUUCGUUGGGCUUGGAUCAAAUACGGGGAUUCGUGGUUUAAUGCUAUUGGUAAGACCGUAAGAGUAUUUAGUCAUUUCCUCAGAUACAAGAAAUUCAAUAAUAAAUUACGAAACAUAACGGAGACAUAAGUGAUCAUUUGUUUUUCGAUUUGUGGCAUAAGUAGCUCGUCCUCUAAUCGAUCACAUUUCAAAAAUUUACUGACAGGCUGCAUUUAUUUCUCCAAAUCCCUUAAAAACUAUUGAAGCUUGUGAAAAAAAUAAAAAGUUGUUGGCAACAAUUAUCCAAAACCGGAGGGAGUAGGCGGGAACACUGUGAACCGCAUCGCCGUCGAAUGGGCCAAUCCACUUCCACAUUCCGGCGAUCUAAAGCUAGCUUCACUUCUCCGGUACUACCUAAUGAAGGCGAACAUAACUCCGGUGCCGAUGAGCCGUACGAUUGUACUUCUAACUUACCAGACGAAUGUUUAUCGUUGAUUUUCCAAUCGCUAACUUGCGCCGACCGGAAACGUUGCUCACUUGUGUGUCGUCGGUGGUUAACGAUUGAAGGACAGUGUCGUCAUCGUCUUUCUCUCAAAGCUCAAUCAGAUCUUAUCUCAGUCAUACCUUCUCUCUUUUCUCGGUUUGAUUCUGUUACUAAGCUUGUUCUUAGAAGUGACCGUAGAUCUCUUGGUAUUUGUGAUAACGCAUUCGUUAUGAUUUCGGCUAGAUGUCGGAAUCUGACGCGGUUGAAGCUGCGCGGUUGCCGCGAGAUCUCAGAUAAAGGGAUGGUUGCUUUCUCUGGGAAUUGUAGGAGUUUAAAGAAAGUAUCUUUUGGAUCUUGUGGGUUUGGGGUUAAAGGAGUGAAUGCUUUGUUGAAUAAUUGUUUAGGUCUAGAGGAAUUGUCGGUGAAACGGUUACGCGGAAUUAAUAAUGUAGCUGGUGCUGGUGUUGAGCUUAUAGGCCCGGGAGCAGCUGUGGGUUCGUUGAAGAUGAUUUGCUUAAAGGAGCUGCAUAAUGGUCAGUGUUUUGCUCCGUUGUUAAGCGGAGCUAAAGGUCUUAGGACUUUGAAGAUUUUCAGAUGUUCAGGGGAUUGGGAUCGGGUUUUUCAGGCGGUAGGUAAUCAGGUUAAUGCUAUUGUUGAGAUACAUUUGGAGAGGAUUCAGAUGAGUGAUUUGGGUCUAACUGCGUUAUCGAAAUGUUCGGGUGUUGAGGUUCUGCACCUUGUGAAAACUCCUGACUGCACGAAUGCUGGUCUGGCUUUGGUGGCUGAACGUUGUAAACUUCUAAGAAAGCUUCACAUUGAUGGAUGGAAGACAAAUCGAAUUGGCGAUGAAGGGCUUAUAGUAGUUGCUAAAUCCUGUUGGAAUUUGCAGGAGUUGGUUUUGAUUGGUGUGAACCCUACGAAGUUAAGUUUGGAAGCAAUUGUCUCAAAUUGUCUUAACUUGGAGCGAUUGGCAUUGUGUGGAAGUGAUACUGUAGGUGACACCGAGCUAUGUUGUAUUGCUGAAAAAUGUUUGGCAUUGCGGAAGCUUUGCAUCAAGAACUGCCCCAUUACUGAUGAUGGAAUCAAAGCUCUUGGGACCGGAUGCCCGAAUCUGCUAAAAGUGAAGGUUAAGAAGUGUAGAGGAGUAACCACCGAAGGAGCUGAUCUGUUAAGGACAAGAAGGGCGUUGCUUGUUGUCAAUUUAGAUACUCCCGAGACACCAAUUGCCGAGGUCAAUGAAGGUGGAGCACAGGCGGAUGCAGUUGAGUUCCCUCCACCCAGACUCCAAAUACCAACCCUAGGCAUUGCAUCUGGUAGCACCAGCCGGUCAACCUCGUUUAAGUCACGAUUGGGUUUUAUGAGUCGGGGAAACUUAGUUGUUUGUGCACUGAAAAGGUUGGGAAGUCGUAGCAGGUCCCGGAAUGAUUAGAGACUAUGCAAGGAUGUGGAAACCACUCAAUUCCUACACAUUCAAGAGUAUGAAAUCUGAGUUUGACGGUUUUUUAUGUCUAUUUUAAAAAGUGUGCUUCGUAUUGUGUAGCAGUUGUUUUUUGUUGUUAUAUUGAUUGAUUCAGAAAUUGUUUAGAAUGCUUGUGUUCUUUGUCAAUGCAAGUGUCUUCACAUCA